CAGCUGUUCUCACCGCUGUCUGCCCCCGCUGCUGUUUCCCCUCCGCAGCUUGCCCUCAUUUCUAAUGCAGCAGCAGCAGCGACCAUGACGUCUGGCAUCGCGGCUGUUUCCUUCUUCUCCAACGCUUGCAGGUUCACCGGCUGCGGGCUUCACUUCGACUCACUGUCCGAGCUCAUCGUGCACAUCGAGGAUGACCACAUCGAUACAGACCCCUGUCUUCUGGAGAAGCAGGAGCAGCAGCAGCCCACCUAUGUUGCUCUAAGUUACAUCAACAGGUUUAUGACGGACGCAGCAAGACGAGAACACGAGGCUCUGAAGAAAAAGGUGCAGCCCAAGCUGUCCUUGUCUCUAACUGGCAAUCUGUCCCGCAGCAAAAUUCCCACACCACCCCGCCACACCAGUGGAAACCUCACCCCUCCAGUUACUCCCCCAAUCACUCCGUCCUCUUCCUUCCGCAGCAGCACACCUACAGGUAGUGAUUGUGAUGAAGCGGAUGUAGAGUUUGAGGCAUCUGACAGUGAUGAAUCGUGGACCACAGAGAGUGCCAUCAGCUCUGAGUCCAUCCUGAGCUCCAUGAGUAUGAAUGGAGGAGACGAGAAGCCGUUUGCUUGUCCUGUUCCAGGCUGUAAAAAGAGAUACAAGAAUGUGAAUGGAAUCAAGUACCACGCCAAGAAUGGCCACCGAACCCAGAUUAGGGUACGCAAACCUUUCAAGUGCCGAUGUGGGAAGAGCUACAAAACGUCUCAGGGUCUUCGCCAUCACACCAUCAACUUUCAUCCACCGGUCUCCACUGACUUCAUUCGUAAGGUGCAGCAGUAGAGGCUGAGGGCCAGUUCCCUCGCUCUUUCACACUCACCUACACGUCUCCAUCACCAGCCGUGGUUUUCCCUUCAGCCCUGCCCACUUUGAAUUCUUUGUCCAAGUUGACCGUGUUCUUCUUCUAAUUUUCCAGAAACACCAGGUUUAUUGCAUUAACUAAGUGUAUUACAGUUUCAUUCCUCUUAAGUUCACACUUUUGUAUUUUGCACAUUGAGGAGAUUAUUUUCCUGACAUUUGUUUGUGUGUUGGUGUUAGGGGGUAGAAAAGAGGAACUCUUUGCCUUUGUCAUGCUAGUCAGUGUCUCUUUGAGCCUAAAUCAUCUAAAGUAUGACGGACAUGAAUGAAAACACAACGUGUUAAAGCAUUAUCCACGAGCCUCAGUGUGAAUAACCCGUUGUUGGUUUUAAUAGAAUAUCUUUUCUUUUUAUACGACAAAACCCCAUUUUUGGAUGAGUUUUACAACACUUGAGUGGGAGCACCUAAGAGCUAUCUCAGGUAUUUUUCUGCACGCGUUUCUGCUCCACGGACCUACCCAAGUGUUGUAAAAGUAUUAAAGUUGUUUGUUGGGAUUACGAGUUCAGUUAAAAACUUUUAAUAAAUUCUCUCCUUGCUACUUUACAGCAAGGGGCUAAAGCACUUUGUAAAUGUUACCGAGCAUCACAGCGUUUUCUACCAUUAGCUUUGUUCUUGUGUAAACACAGCAAGUAGGCAUUUGCACACGUUGAAUGUUUUAAUGUUUUUAGAUUUCAAUGUCAACAGCAGUUGCCUUGGAUUGCAAACCGUUCCAAAAAAAGUCCUGAGUUUGGACUUCAGACAAGGCGAGUCCUGCUUGCCUUUUGCAUUCAUGAGGGAACCUUUCAAUGGACCGGCUAGGGUUGGUAGCCAUACGUUCAGCUGACAGUCUAAUUGUUAGAGUCAUAAGGAUCUCCUAUGUCUCUCACUUUGUGCCAAAACAAUGAGGUUCUCAUCCCCAAAUACUCUGUCACAAUAAUAAUAAUAAUAAUAAUAAUAUUAGCCAUUACAUAACACAGAAUACAGUCAUGCUUACACUAAUGGUGUACUAAACCAUUUUACUUAAUAGAAACUUGCAACACACAAAUGUGAUGUUACAUUUUUGAUAAAGUCAGGAUAGGGGAGUUUUUACCGCCUCCGUUUCAUCACCACCGGUUCUUUCUUUAACCUUUUUCUCUGUUUUUCUGUUGUUUUGCUUCUGAGGAGCAAAACUUUCUUGCAAUGUUUUAAAAUCACCCUUUUAAAGUUUUUAUUGUCAAAAGCACCAUAAUAAAAAUGCCACCAUGAUGUGAAAUCUGAGCUGUUUGGUACCACCAAAGUGGAAAAAAAAAUCCAGGAAACCUAAAAGAGGACCUGACCUGAAGAAAACCGGAUGUUAGGAUGCCAAACUGUUGAUCUGAGCCAUUUAAAAAAAAUCCUGGUUUUCUAGGAUUCUAAUGCAUAAAAAUAAUAGGAAUUUAGAAAAAACACAUCAUUGUGAACACUUCAGCAUUAAACCAGUCUCAGUAAGUCACAUUGAUGCAUCUUCAACCCCCCCAAAAGAUGUUCUCUAUACUUUUCAGAUGAGUUUGGGCGGCUGGUUUGGUUUUUCCAUGUGAAUUUGGAGUGUUUAGCACAAGUAUCCGUGUGCACAGCGGGGAGAGCUUGGCAGUGGACGGUGUUCCCGACACAUUUUAAUUUUCACACCAGAGUGGGUCCAUCUUUGAUCCAGCCCAGCCUGAAGAUCCCAGCUAGUGCUGGGAUUGAGACCGUCCUCGCUAACACAUUUAUUCUGGUUUUGCUUUUUUUCCUCACAUAGAUGUUUCAGAUCAUCACAACCAUACAAAGAAUACCCGAGUAAAUACAAAACGAACAUUUCAUUGAAUGAGGGGGAAAAGCUACCCUAACCAACCUGUUCCAACACGACUAAGGUAGGAAUAGCUGAUUCGAACAGCCUUGGAGGAAACGAAGGCAACACUGGUAUCGAGUCUCUCACAUCACCGAGGUCCCGCUCUGGUUUAGACUUGUUAGGAUUCAGCCACAUUGGAGGGUUUUGCAGAGUAAACUUAACAUGUCAGCAGGAACUCAAACUGGUUUUUCUGCUUUGUUUUACAUAAAGUAGUCUGCAGAAUAUUUAAUAAAGUCUCAGGGAUCAUCGAGAUGGUUUUAGGCUGGGAAAGUUAUUUUAUUGUUGAGUCUUAUUGAAUUUCUGUAGCACGGGUGUGUUGCUUUUUGAGAGCCUUUAGCUGUGUGUGUGUUGUCAGACAGGUGUUACUAACGUGAUCUGUGGCUGCUGGGACUGAACGCCGGUUUCCUGAUCAUUCAUGAUUUCGCCAGGUUGGUUUGGGUAUUUGUUCUCUGAAUAAACAAAGGAAUUAGAAAACUGCGAUUUGCAUCAACGUGGGUUGUGCGUGUCUGAAACAAGACAGAAAGUCAUUUUUCACAGACCGUACAUAUUACUGGUUUUGUUUCUUCGGUAGACGAUUCCUCUUCUCCAUUUUAACUCAGAAAAAAAUCCACGUUGCCUGUUCCUCGCAUUAAAGUUCAAACUUAUUUCUACAACUGGUUUGUUUGAAAUGCUGUCCUACAGAAACGAGUGUAUGACUCAGAGGGGAGGGAACCUGUGCCAUUGGGUGAAAACCUUUACAUGAGUCGUCUGCGUGGAACCUCUGGAAGGGUGUACAGAGAAUGUACGGUCACAUUAGAAGUGCAUUAAAUAUGUUUUUGUGUUUCUGUCAAACAAAAAUAGAUGUUGUACUGUAUUUCUUCAUAAAGCUGCUUCAUGUAAAGUUUUGUUAUAUUUUACAAUAAAAGUUUAUCUGUUC